CAGCGCGACUUUGUCUCCAAUAGGGCCUUUGUUACACGCGCACUAAACCAAGGCCAGAACCUUCCUCUUUCUCCCUCUUUCUCCUUGGCGAAAAAGAAACCCUAAGUCUAGCAGCAACCAACAAGCCGCGCCGACGCGCGACGCCGGUGAGGCGGGAGUUUGCCGACGCACAGUAGCAGGCUAGCAGCGCCGCAACGAAACAAUUACGGGUAGUAGUGCUACUAUGCUAGUGCCAAAGGCCCACAGACGCAAAGUGACUAAUUUGGGUAGUAGUGCACUGUAGCAGCGCCGGUCGCAGCGGAGUAGCGGUCAGUCGAGACGUCGCGUCACUGAGUCGCAGUCGCCGACUCGCCGGUGUUCGGACUUCGGUGACUACGGAGCAUGUGGCCUCAUCAAUUGAGAAAGGUAUCAAGGAACAAACAGAUUUGCUUGUGGUUUGCCAUGGAGGUUUCAGUUCGUUGCAACUUGACCAGCCACACUCUGAAGGUUUGAUUGAUUGUCUGCAGGUGUGUAUCUUUUAAACAAUGCUGUCUCUGCUAAACACCCAGAUGACAUGUUCGACCUCCUAAAACCGAAGUAAAAGACGGAGAAAUUCUAGAAUGUUUGGCGAAAAUGUGGUGCAAUGGACAUCAAACAUCAAAUCUUAUUCAAAAAAAGGGUUUUUUCACAAAGCCCUAUCUUUAUUCCUUAAGAUGCGAAAAGCUGGAAUUGAACCAAAUGAAAUCACUUUCUCAACCACCUUAAGUGUAUGUUCUCAAUCAACCAACAAAUACUUCGGUUUAAGUUUGCAUAAUCUAAUACUCAAAAAAGGGUAUGAAAGACAGCUCUUUGUUUGUGGUGGGUUGAUUUCAAUGUACUUUAACUAUGACCGAAUAAGCGAUGCUCGCCAAGUGUUUGAUGAAAUGCCUGAACGAGAUGAAGUUGUGUGUAAUUUGAUGAUAGCAAAGUAUUCACAAAAUGGGUUUAGCAAGGAUGCUUGUAGGUUGUUUUGUGGAAUGGUUAAUGGGUGUGUUCAUUGGAGAGGUUUUGUUAGUGAUUUUAGUCUUGCUAGUGUUGUUAAUGCUUGUGCUGAUCACGAGGGUUUUUGUAGAUUGGGCGAGUCUGUACAUGGUUAUGCAAUGAAGAUUGGUUUCGAUUCGAAUGAGUUUGUCGGUAGUUCUCUUGUUGGUAUGUAUUCUAAAUAUGAUGAGUUGGGUAGUGCUCGUGCCAUGUUUGAUCAGUUGGGAAGUAUGGAUGUUGUAGUGUGGAAUACAAUGAUUACUGGGUAUGCUCAAAAUGGUUGUGAGGAAGAAGCAAUGGAACUAUUUCUUGAGAUGGAAAUUCGAGGAUUUUCUCCUAAUUAUACCACCUUUUCGGUUGUUAUAGAUGCUUCAUCUGUGAUGCCUGAUGAAACACUUGGUAGAAAACUUCAUGCUAAAAUUUUGAAGUCUGGUUUUCUGUGUGAUGUUUACUUGGGUACUGCAAUUGUUGAUUUGUACUCGAAAUUCUUGAUCAUGACUGAUGCUGAAAGAGCUUUCUCUGAAAUGUCCAAAAAAAAUGUAAUAUCAUAUAAUGCACUAAUAACUGGCUAUGGUUUGAGUGGUGAUCAUGAAAAAGCUCUUAAAAGUUAUACACUGCUGAGACUUCAAAGAAUGAAACCAGAUGCUUGCACCUUUAUCGGUCUUUUGACAUCUACUGCCACAUCUUGUGCCUUUGUAGUAGGGGAAAAAGUUCACUCAGACUCAAUUAAGCUUGGCUUGGACCAAGAUGUUUUAGUUAGAAACUCAAUUGUGAAUUUCUAUUCGAAGUGCGGGCGAAUUGACUCUGCGAUAAAAGCUUUUGAGACUGCACAGGGGAGUGAUAUAGUAUCUUGGACAGCCAUCAUCUCAGGACUUGUCCAGAACAACGAACAUACAAAAGCUCUUGAGCUCUUCUGUGAAAUGCACAAGCUGUCGGAAAAAGCAGAUGAAUUCUCCUCCUCUAGCGUCAUCAAGGCUGUAGCUAGUCUGGCAGCUGUUGCACAAGGAAGAAACCUGCAUGGGUAUGUGCUGAAAGUGGGCCUGAGUGACCAUAUAUUUGUUGGAAGUGCACUGAUUGACAUGUACUCCAAAUUCGGGGUUGUGGAAGAUGCACUUAAAUUGUUCUCCGAGAUGCCUGACAAAAAUGUUGUCUCAUGGAACUCAAUGAUAACAGGUUAUGCUCAGAAUGGUUUCUCUGAUGAAGCUCUAGACCUAUUCGAUAAAAUGGUGAGGAAUGGGAUAUUGCCUACCUCAGUAACUUUUGUUGGGGUUCUCCUUGCUUGUUGUAAUGCAGGACUGGUUCAAGAAGGUAGGCGCUAUUACCAUCUAAUGGGAAGCCACUAUGGAAUUUCACCUUCUGUAGAACACUACUCCUGUAUGGUGAAUCUCCUAGGUCACUCUGGUUAUGUUGGUGAGGCAGAAGAGUUUCUUCUUAGUUCACCAUUUAAAGAAGAACAUGAAAUUUGGAAGUCUCUCCUGAAUUGUUGUGAGGCACACAGAGAUUUUGAUGUUGCUGCUCGAGUUGCAGAGUAUUGUUCACUCUUAAAGCCCAAUGACUCCUCUACUUAUACCAUUCUCUCCAACAUAUAUGCAACUAAACAGUUGUGGUCAGAAGUUGAAAGAACAAGGGAUUCCAUGAAGAUGGCAGAUAUUGUGAAGGAACCUGGGUGCAGCUGGGUUGAAGUUAAGUGAUCUGUGUUGUGGCUGUGGGUUAUGUUGACCUAGGUGCAUUCUCCUUGGUUUUCUGGAGCCCCCUCAGCUUUCCAAGCUAAGACAUCUCGAAAUUGUGGUUGUCAAUUUUCUUUGCUUCUGCAGGGAAAUUGGGGAGUGAAGAAUUGAGGCAAAUGGCCUUCCAGCUGGGUACAGAGAACGAUAGUUUGCCUACUUGCUUCAUCUGCAUAGGAAUUAUUUUUUCUGGAGCCAUGUAGUCUGAAAGUUCCAAAUUCCUGUUGCAGCUGUACUAUGUUGCAAUCAUGAAUCACGGCGCCCUUCCAGACCUAGGGUUUAACAGAGUAAUGAAAUACUAAGACUGAGAGAUGUGUGCUGUAUACGUAUGCGUUGUACAUAAAAAUUUAUUGGAAAAGUAUUGAACUAUCAACCAUAUAAGCCAGUACGGCUGCAUACGUCCUCGUCACCUCAUAUACUGCAAGUAGCAGGAUCCACAUUGGGCAGUGGUGUUGCAGAAUAGUUGCUGCUAUUAGUAUGACGAUGAGAUUACUUAUCAACCCAAUGCAUCUGAGAUUGUACCUAUGAAUGUGACUAUUAGAGAUAUACUGCAGUGGGGUGCUGACAUUACAAGUUCUUAUAAGACCACCUCAUAAAUUAAAGUCUUUUUUCUUUAUGCUUAAGAGACCAACUCUCGUUGUCCAUGGUCUGGUGUUAUACCACUGUUCUUGGAAGAUGUAGGCAUUUGUGAGGGUGGAGCACGAUAUCAGCAGUCUAUUUAUCAAUACCAAUGACUGUCCCGUUUAUGCCGUCCCAUUUCACCACUAAAAAUGGCUCUUGAGUUUUCAGCCUUUCCACGACGGUGUUUCUACAGCGUGGUUGGCCUACAGUCUACCAAUCAUGGGUUUGCUUGUAUUCUGCUAGGUUGGAUAGAAAUGACUUGAUUUCCAGAAGAUAAAAUGUUGGAUCUAAUUACAAUCAUUAGGUGCUAAUUUUUUUGUAAUCUUUGUUGUUUAACGAGGUAUAUAGCUCCAGAUUGUACAACAAACUUGUAAAAUUGGAUUGAUUCAUUAGUAGAUAACUCUUGUUUAACU